GACAUUAUAGGCCUACCCAACAUAGAUAGAGUCAGCUUAAAUUCGGUAGUUUGUAUUCAUUUUGAUCGGUUCACUACCCAACCCAUAUUCUAAGCAUUUUAAUAGGUCACGCUGACUGACGCUGUGUAAACAGCCUUCUAUAUAACAGCAAAACCGACGAAUGAACAUCAGUACCAAUAUUUAUUGCGUAAUAGUGGCGCAAUCCUCUUUCUCUCUGAGCGGGAAGCAGAAAACCUGUCUGAAAAUAUCACUGGCAGAUUCUCUUACAGAACAAUAUGGCUGAUCACCAACAUGACCACCAACAUGAAUGCCACGAACACCACGGACCAAUCACUCCAGAGUUCUGGUUGAAAUACUGGGAUUCAAAAGAAGGCCGUGAACUUAAUCAUCAGGAAGUUCACGAAUGUCUCUUGAAAUACGAGGAUCUAGCUCUGAAAGGGCGGGAAAAAUUGAAAAUCUUCGUUCCCCUCUGUGGAAAAACGUAUGAUAUAAAAUGGCUAGCUGAUAAAGGACACGAGGUUGUUGGCAUAGAGUUAUCUCCCGUUGCGGUCCAGCAAUUCUUCGAGCUGAACAACAUUGAGUUUUCAGUAUCAAAGGUACCGUCUAUACAAGGAGAUCUAUACACAAGUAAGCUUGGUAACAUAAGAAUCUACUGCGGUGAUUUUUUCUUGUUCUCGAAAAACCUUGAAAGUAAUUUCCAGGUUGUUUGGGAUGCCGGUGCCCUGCAUUCGUUUCCCAAAUCGGAGAGAGAAAAGUAUAUAGAUGUGGUGAAAAGCUUGAUGGCGCCGGGAUGCCAGUAUCUUUUGGAAGAAGAUGUACCAAGUUGCAGUGAUCGUUUUGAGAUAGCUGACUUGGAGAAGGCCUUUGGACCAAAUUUCACCGUAGUAGAUCUGGGUUUCACCAAAACAGACGUCGCUAUGUUAAAAGAAUGGGAAAUAGAAGGCUUCAGAAUAUUUCACAUUUAUUAAAACGUGAAUUAAAUUUUAUUGUGAGAUCAAACCGUUUCUUAUAAGCUAUUGGUUAUAAUACAAAAUAUUUUUUAACAUGUUUUGGUUGCAAUAUAAAAAGGUCUUUUGAUAUAUUGGCACUACCAAAAAGAUCUAGAUGCAAGGGUGAGGGUGGGGUGAAAGCGGAAGAAAUGGCCCUGGCCCUCGGCAUUUUGGGCUACGUAUAAGAUUCUUAAUUCACCCCCCCCCCACUCCCGUGACGCCCAUAAGGUUAACCCGGCAACAUAUAUUAGUUACAAUACAAAAUAUCUGUUAAAAUAUAUUGGUUGAAACACAAAAUGUAUGUUAUUCUUCGUUACAAAAUUUCUGUUCUAAUCAACAACAAAAAAUGAAGAUUAUAAUCAAAACAAAAUGUAUGUUAUAAUCUAUUAGUUACAAAUAUUAUACAAACUCUCUUGUAUUGUUACAUCGCUUUUUUAAUUAAUAUUACUGUGACACUACAGUCAAUUAGGAACUAAUAUUGACUUCACGUUGUGAAUAAAACUUCAAGGAUCAAUUGACUCUGUAA